AUGCCACUAUUUCUUCUACGGCCAUUGCAUGCAUCAAAUAUACGUUUAGCUGCACUCUUUCUUAAUCCUGUGAUGAGUUUGUUUGGCAUAAAAUAUCGUAUUGAAAACGCUCAGGUAUUAGAUAAAGUUGGGCCAUGUGUGAUUGUUGCAAAUCAUCAAUCAUCGAUAGAUUUUAUUGGCAUGAUGCAACUGUGGCCCAAACAUGUUCGUUAUUGUACAAUUUUAGCAAAAAAAGAGCUAUUUUGGGCUUUUCCAUUUGGUUUUACGGCAUGGUUAGCUGGUUUGGAAUAUGUUGAUCGAAAAAAUCGUAAACAAGCCACUGAAACCAUGGGUCCUUUGACUAGAAAAGUUCAAAAUGAAUCAUUACGACUAUGGGUCUUUCCUGAAGGAACACGAAAUAUGAAUGAGACAUUUCUUCCAUUCAAAACUGGUGCUUUUCGUCUAGCCAUUGAAGCACAAGUUCCUAUUGUACCAGUUGUCUUUUCAUCUUACAAAUCUAUUUAUAAUGCGGAUACAGCAACUAACAGUUUUUAUUGGCGUCGAGGUUAUGUAACCAUUCGAUGUCUUGAACCCAUUGAUACUAAAGGUAUGACGAUUGAGAAUGAUCUUAAAACAUUAAUUGGUAAUACUGAAAAAGUUAUGAUUAAUGCAUAUAAAAGAAUUCGAACGACUCCGAAUGAUAAAAAAGAGAACUAG